GUAAGACUCACAACUGAGAAAACAAACUCAGAUUUACAAUGGAAAAUUAGCAGCUCGGGGAGGGGCGAAGGCAGUGAUAAAGAUAACAUAGGAUUUUGGGAAUAAAGCAAAUACACUUCUAAUACAUUGAUACAAAGCAUACUGAACAUGGAUGUAUGGGAUAGAAUAAGAAACUCUACUGAACACUCUGUCAUAACUCUAUGACAUAACUCUAUGGGAAGAGAUUCUGAAAAUGCACAUUUUCAUGUAUAUGCUGAGUUGAAUCAGAUAAACACAACAUUGUAAAUCAACACUACUCUAGUGCAUCACUUCCGGGCACCGCGCGGUGCCAUUGAGCAGACUCAGCUAUGGAAGGUAAACCACUGGUGACAUCCAAACAGAAGACUGCAGGGGUGUGUGGAGUCCCCACUCAGGUGGUCUGCACAGCCUUCAGCAGUCACAUGCUGGUAGUGGUGACCCAGUUGGGGAGGAUGGGUACCCUGGUCUCCCUGGAACCCAGCAGUGUGACUAGUGACAUCGGCAAGCCUGUGCUGACCACUCAAGUCCUGCUCGGGAAGGAUGAGCCUCUUGUCCAUGUCUUUGCAAAGAACCUGGUGGCAUCUGUGUCUCAAGAAGCUGGAAACAGAGCCGUUCUCCUCGCCUUGGCCAUGAAGGACAAGAACAUGGACGUGGUGAAGGCCCUGAGGGAGGUGAUCCAGAUGUGCCAGGUGUGGUGAGCCUGGAGAGGCCACCCCGGCCAUCCCGAGGGACGCAAGGAUCUGAAGGUCCUCCUUGAGUUAGGAGGAGGAGCUCUCCGGCUGUGGCCCUUGAAGCUAGAAGAAGCACAAACUCCUCAGGCUGACCUUGGUUUGGAGGCUGACGUCCCCCAUGGAGGGAGGACAGGAAACAUGUCCUGAGAAGGUUGUGAGUCCUCCUCCCCAGGUCCAGACAGCUGUACCUGUGUGAGAAUUGACGGAAUGAGUCAAGGCCCUUAAAUGUUGGGGGAAAAUUUUUUUUUAAUUAAAAAUAAAUGCAUAUCCCC